AUGGCAGCUGGGUUGCGGCAGCACAUUGACAAGGCUGGAAUGAUGGGAAUAAGCAAUGAAUUGGGGACGAGGGUGCUCUUGGACGUGUUAAAGAGUCCACAACAAGCAGUUGUCUGUGCCCAAGCAUUGAUGUGGCGCAAAUUCCUGAGGAGAUACGCUUUCGACCCACCACCGUUCUUCUCCGAUGUUUCAACUGUCACAGCAGCCACCUUUAGCACAGCAAUUGAUCUCAGUUCCAUCAGCAAGGAGGCACUAGUCGAAAUUCUGGUAGAUGUUGCACAAGCAGUUUCUGGAUCAGCUGAAAAGCCAAAUGCUGCGACCCCGCUUAUUGACCUUGGUCUUGAUUCCCUUGGUGCGGUGGAAUUCCGGAAUUCCGUUGCCGAGAAAACUGGAGUUAAGCUCCCUCAGAAUCUUAUGUUCGAGAAUCCUAGCGUCGAAGACAUUGCUGAGUAUAUCCUCAACAGAGCUAAAUCACCUGAUGGCACUUCUAGUACAAAAGGGACACUGGUGGACACACUGCAAAUGACAAUCGACCAGUGGUUGAUGUCCGUACUCGUCCCAGCAGAACGAUAUGCCCUGUAUGUAGACUCAUUAACUGCGUCAUACGGGUCCCUGACAGAGAUGGCCGCCGUCGAAGACAUUAUGAGCGCUUUAGAGAAGCUGGGAAUUUCUGUUUCGGAGGACUUUGACCGGUUAAAUGUCGCCUGGGAGGAACUUCGAGACGCCUAUGCUAGCCGUGCUGAAGCAACCGCUGCAGUCAGAAGGAAGCCUCGCCUGGCAGUCAGGGUACCUCACCCAAAAGAAGAUGUUGAGUCAUUGAUAGGCCAACUGACCAUAGACGUUCAUAAUGUUGAGCCGCCUACUUUGCCUUGUAACUACCGAAUUGCUCUGCUGACUGGAGCCACUGGCUUUGUUGGACGGAUCCAGCUUUCUGUACUUCUGGAAGCAACCAAAGACUUGGAGGUGGUGUGCAUAGUCCGUGCCAAAGAUGCGAACCACGCUCUUGAUCGGAUCAGGCAAGCAUGCAAAGAAGCCAAGUGCUGGAAAGAAGAGUAUUGCAGCCGCAUUCGUCCCCUUCCUGGGGAUUUCACCCUCCCAAACUUAGGUCUUGAAGAAGAGCAGCUAGAGGAACUUUCCAAAACGGUUGAUGUUGUUUACCACACGGGAGGGGAUGUUAAUCUACUCAGCAACUACGCCCGGCUACGCUCGUCAAACGUGCUCUGUAUUUUAGGGAUAGUCAACUUUUGCACAAGACACAGAUUGAAACCGCUGCACUUUGCGUCUACUCUCGGUCAGUUUCCAGCGUUCUUUUGCGAAUUCACUGGGGCAUACCAGGACUAUCGUAUCACGGAAGACAGCCGGCCUACGGUACAGGAAAUGGACGCAUUUUAUCCUCCCCUCCGAAUGGGGUACCCUUGGUCGAAGUGGGCAGCUGAAUUGGUCUUAUGCGGCGCAAGGGAUAAGGGAUUGCCUGUCUUUAUAUAUCGCUUGCCCAAUACAUAUGUUGCCUACUCUACGGGCUACACGAACCGAACCGACUAUGCGACUGCACUCAUGGUGUCGACGAUUCAAGAGGGAAUUUUCCCAGUAGGAUGUGCCGCUGCUCCGCUCACACCAGUCGACAUAAUAUGUGAAAUGCUGGUAAGCAAUUCCGUGUAUUACGCAACAAGUAGGGAACAUCUGGAGAUAUGGAGUCAAGAGCUUGGGUUGGCGUAUAAAGGUGCCAACGUUGACGAGUUCCUGGCUGCAGUCAAAGCCCGUGGACCUGAAUCUCCGGUUUUCAAAUUUGUGCCGCUCAUGCAGUUCAUGAGGAAGUAUUGGUUUGAUUCAGAGCAACGUACUGACGAUUUUCCGAUAGAAAACAAGAAUAUUUUCGAGGAACUGCCGAACGCAAAAUGGCCAGAUCAGAGAGAUGUCUUCAAAAACUCCCUGCUCUACAGUGUGCAGUCAGGGUUUUUCCCGAAGAAUUCGAAGGCGAUUCGGGUAGAUCCUGAAGCAUGUUUGGAGGAUGCAAAAAGGAUGUCGGGUUUAGAUUCACUGGGCGCAGACCACGAUUACUUUAUGCAGCCCUUGCACAUCUUGAAGGACUCGCUUCUGCAGGAGUCAAAUCCAUCGUUUUGUGGAAAGUUGGCUAUGUUUCGCACAGUUCGCCAGCAGCUGAUGAACCUGAUGUACAUGGAAAAAAUGAGAAUCCAGCACCCAGAAAUUGAGCAGCAGGAGAUAAAGGAGCCGCUAAUAAUUGUUGGCUUAAACCGUACAGGCACAACAUUCCUUCAAAAUAUUAUGGCAACUGACAUAUCCAACCGGUCGGCCCGUUAUUGUGAAAUGAUUGCCCCAUACGGCAACAAUGGUGACUAUUGCCAAAAAGGCCUGAGCAACGACCCCGAAUCAUGGAAGCAUGUGCGUCACACCAGCAGCCUAUAUCUGCGAGUACCCACCGUCGCUUGCACCCAAUUGGCUCUCUCUGAAGAGUGGAUAAGCAUCCAUGCACAAAGCGCUGAGCUUCCAGAGGAGGACUUCGUCAUGCUGGAGCACUGUGGCCGAUGCUACUCGAUUUGCACUGAGUUCAACGUGCCAUCCUACAGAAAAUGGCUGUAUGCUAAUGACUUCCAGGAAAUGAAAAAUGCCUACAGAUUCCACAAGCGUUUCCUCCAGCAUCUGCAGUACCAGCGUGUCGCAGACCGGUGGCUUCUGAAGAUGCCAUUCCACCUCUUUACUCUUGACGCAUUGGACCCAAAGGACACCUUAGCCAGCUGGGCGAGCUUGGUUAGGUGCGCCCAGCAGUCGCUGCUUGACUCCGUUAACCCUGCUGAGCUCGGAAAGCUUGAACUGGAAGCAAUGUCAUCGAUGAUUAACCAAGCACUAGACUUCCGUGCCUCAAGACCCGAGCUAGAGGAUCAAAUACUCGAUGUGCAGUACAAGGAAUUGAUAGAAAAUCCCUUGGACACAGUAUCCAAGAUUUACAGUCACUUCAAAAUUCCACUGACGGAGCAGGCACGCUUGCGCAUGGCUGAAUUUUGCCAAGAAGAUAAAAAGACUCGUAAUAAGUUGUCAAAGCACCAGUAUACCCUCGAAGACGUAUCACUAACAAAGGCAAUGGUAGAGGAGGCCUUUGGGCAGUACUACACUUCUGGGUUGUGCAAGUACCUUAAAUAA